AUGGAGGAAGCGAAGAACAUGGCGUUGCUGUUCUUUAUGGAUCAUCUGAUGCAAAAGAACGGCCGACGAACGAUUCACGAUCUGAGCUGUCAAUUCGGUGCACGCGGUUUCUCAGAAGAGAUGCGAAAUGCGGUUGGCACCACCCAGGAGGGCCUUACCGAGUUUCUUCAGCAGCACCCAUCCCUCUUUACCCUAGAGGGAGAUCAGGUGAUUCUGAAUGGCUUCGGCGAUAUCACUGCGAAAAAUAAUCCGCUUUUGCAAUCGGCGUCAAGAAAUCGUGACUACGAGAAGGAAGCUGUGGAAUUUUUCGUGAUGAAGCUCACUAAAUUUGGACCCGAAUUACAGAUCAAAUCGUUGCUGGGACAUCGUUCUCAGGCCGCUCCAGAGGUCCGAUUAGUCUCCGGUCGUCAUCUGAAGGAAUUCUGCGAGUUCCUGCAGUCGCAAACGGAGCAUUUUGUUGUAGAAGGCGAUCGUGUACGCCUGAAGAACAUGCCGGAACCGGACGAUAAUGCCAUCGAAUUGGAUGACGAGGGCAAACCACUGGCAGGUGUGAAGGCAAAGCAAGCGGCUGUAGAAUACUUGAAGAGCGUAUUAGAGCAAAAUGAAGACCAACCGAUUCCACUGGAUAUGUUCUAUCAGCGGUUCUGCCAGCGAUUCUCACAUUCAAUUCGACAAGAUGUUGCAACAAAUCCGAAGGAGCUGCUGCAGUUUCUCAAGCUCAACCGCGGAUUGUUUUUCAUUAGGAGUAACAAGGUGACGUUGGUGAAAAAUCGUCCAUCGGAGGAUGGCAGUGAGAAUGGCUCGGACGAAGGUGAUCUAGAAAGCAACAACAACAGCGUGUUCCCGCUGGACCAAAACGCUCUGGCACGGAUUCACUUUGUGAAAGCAUUGAAACCCGCUCAG